AUGAUAAAUAAUAUAAUUGAAAUAUGUAUUAAAAACGUUGACGGUACAAAUGAGAAUUUCAUAACAUUCAAAAGAGUAGGAACACGACUGAGAGUUCAAGGAACACUUUAUACUGGUAACAAUUCAGAUCUAUAUCUUUGGUCAUCAGAUUUAGCAAAUUCAUCAUCAAUAGAAUAUAUAACAUUGAAAAUGAAACUUUGUACUUUUAUUAUUGAAAGUUUAAAUGAAACUUAUUCUCCUAUAAUUAAAAAUGCAAAAUGUUCUAAUGUAAUCUUCAUCCCAAUAAAUGUGAAUAAUUUACAAAUAAGACAAAUUAAUAAUACAAAUCUCAUUCAAGGUGUUCAAGGAAUUGCUGAUAUUGAAUUAUUACUUAUUAAUACUACAACAAUAAAUGAAAGUCUAUUUAUUACUGCUUUAAUAUAUCAUGGAAUGAAUAAUAAUAGAACUUUUAAUAUCUAUUUAUUGAAUGUAGAAGUGGACCUCAUCUCUAAUGAAACUACAAUAUCUACCGAAAUGUCAACAAGUAAAUCCACUGAAAAUAAACUAGAUAUUUCAUCAGUAACAACAUCAACUCCAAGAUUUAUGUCAGUCGUUACCAGUCCAGAAUAUAAUUUCAUUAGUGAUGGUAUAUCUUUUGAAGCUUUUGAAAAUACUCUACCUCCAUUAUUUGAUGAACCUACGUUAGGACAAAUUGAGGCAUUAAUCUUCAAAGUAGAAUCAAGGGAUUUAAUGGAAUGGUCAGAUAAUUUAAGUAUACCUACAAGUGCACUUUAUUUAAAUUUAUCAUCACAAAUUCAAUAUCUGGUUACUAAAAGUGUACAAUUAGCAAAUGUUCAAAUUUCAUUCUCGUUCAAAAUUCUGAACGUCACGUUCCAAAAAGUCAUAGUUCAAAUUGAAACUGUCUACAGAGUUAAUAAUACCGAAAAAUACGAAUAUCGAUUAAUCAACAGUAUCUUAAUGAAAAUGACGGUGGAAAUGAGAUCAUUGGAAGCUUCACUAUUAUCCGAUGAGGAAUUAACGCAGAUUUUCAUCGAAGGAUUGAGAAAGUUGAAUGUUACGAGUGGACCAAAUUUGGUUGACAUUCAGUUCACACAAACCUCUAGUUCAACAACACUGACUACACAAAGAUCUACUUCAUCUGAAUAUAAAGAACUAACCACACAAUCUAAAAUAACUUUGCCUGCUUUAACAAUUCCAGUAGUUCAUAAUCGAACUGAUGAUCAAUUUACACGAAUACACUCUACAACUACUUCAAAACCACAAAUUGAUUAUCCAAUUCUAUGUCAAAUCAGUGGAAUAAUUUAUUUUUCAAAAUCAUUUCAACCAAUAGAAUGGUUAGAUGAUUUAAUUAAUAAUUCAAGUGAAAUUUAUCAGAAUUUCUCAUUAGAUAUACAAAAUCAAAUCAACAAUGUAAUGGAAAUAUUAGAUUUACAAUUUGAUUUAUCUCUCAAGAUUCUUAACAUUAAAUUCACUAAAAUUCCUAUAACAAUGCAAAGUAUGCAUGAUAAUAAUAAUAAUAAUAGUAGUAAUAAUAAUAAUACCACUAAUCUUCGAAAUUCCACCGUAACCUAUAAUAUUAGUAGUCAGAUCUCAGUGACAAUUACAUUAGAAACGAAAUUACUACUACCAUUACCAAUUCCAGACAAUAGGAUGACAGAGAUUUUAAAUGAAGGAUGGAAGCACUUAACAAUCAUAUCACAAUUCAUUUUAAUUGAUAUACAAUUUUCAAGUAUAUCAACUGAUCUUAAAACCAUUCAAACAUUACCAAUAAUGACUAUUACAGAAAAGAUGAAAAUAAAUCAAACAACUACGUUACCUAUGAUAAAACCAACAACUGAUACUACAUUAGACAAUUUAGAAGGUAGAUUAUGA